AUGGGCAAGACUUUUGCAAAGGUUCACUUGUGCUCGGCUGGGAAGCUUGGAGACAGCGGUAAAAAAAUUCCGCAAUGGGUUCAAGCAAACGGGGGAAGGUAUUCUAGGAAAGUCACUCAAGAUGUGACGCACCUAGUUACAACCAAAGACGCCUAUAUGAACAACAUCCCUGCAGUCAAAGAAGCUAGACGUCAUGGGACUGUGAAGAUAGUAUCUUAUGAAUGGUUGGAGGACUCUCUACUUUCCCGUAAUCGGACACCAAAACGGGAAAAGGCAUAUCUCAUCGAGAAUAUCUUGAAGGAGGCAAGGAGAGCAGCAAAGGAGAAAGCCAGGAAGACCCCAAAGCAGCAGGGUGGGUCUAUAAAAAAGCCCAUAGUAAACGCAAAAGGCGGCCCUUCAGGUGUCAGCCGUAGGAAGAAAUCUGUACUCACUACAUCGGAGCGUCAUGUAUACACGGACAUGACAACUCGUCAACCAUACAAAGCCACGCUUGUCCGACAGACAAUCACGAAACGUAACGAGAAGUUUCAACUUACGAUCUACGAAUCCAAUGGUGAACCGUGUACAUAUGAAACCGAAUGCAGAUACAGCCGUGUUGGUAAAGCAAGCUCCCAGAUUCUUGCUCCAACAGGAAGCAGCUUGGACACGGCCCUGACAGCAUUUGAACGGUUUUUCGAAGAAUAUACGGGAAAGAGCUGGGCGUUACGUGAAGACGGAACCCGGCCCCAGCCGAAGAGAGAUGAUGAAGGGAAUUUCCUGCCUCACCAUGAGGGCUGGUAUACCUACGAAUACACCACGAACAUAUUUACCCACUUCAUCCAGAACGGCUCGGCCAGCAGCGCCGGUAUAAUCGGAAAUUAAUCUGGAAGUGACAGUAUCAGUCGAGGUUUGAUUCGUUAGUGCUACUAAUAUACUAACUCGCGUUGGUUUCACUGUCAGCAGCCAUGAGUGACCAGUUAACUCCUCUCUUUCUCGGACUUGGGGCUUCGCAUGAAUGCUAAAGCUACAAGAGUCUCUUGCUUGAUGCCAUCUUGUCUCAACAACUGCUUCAUACAUUGGGAAGAAAACUUGCAUAUGGGAAAUAACAUGAAGAUACACCAUCAGCAGAUAUCCAUUCAGGACACCUAGGUGUCUGUUUCUCUAGACGGGUAUACAAUAGUAAACAGUGAUGUUAAACAGCUAAAUGCUAACCUUUUUAAA